AUGUUUGACUCGAGUGUAACACGUUCAUGCCUGGAUAUUCGCAGGGGGCGGUCUGCACCAGAGCAACAAGUGGACCUGAAGAGUGAGGAGGGCCGUGAGCUGCGUGUGGUGGUAAACACCAACGAACCGGACUACGAGCACAUUUACUCCAUCGAGGCCCAUGACGACCCCUUGGAUGAACUGCUCUACUUCACUCCUUCUGCCAAUCAGAGUGACGGUGAAGCUGUUGGCAAGGAAUCAGAGAACAGGGGUGAAGUUGAACCGAACAAAUCAGCCAGUACUAACAUUAAGAAAACAGCAACAGGUGGUGAUCAGAAAUCAGACAAAGUCACACCUCUGAAGGCAGUCAAGCCCAGAUCAGUCAGGUCCCUGAAGACAGUCAAAGGGGAAGCUCCAGCAGCCCUGUGCCAGCUGCCCUUGGAGGAAGGGAGCUGUGGACGAUACACUUUGCGCUGGUACUUUAAUAGUCAGGCUCAGGCCUGCAGGCCCUUCAUUUACAGCGGCUGUGAAGGAAACGAAAACCGCUUCGUCCUGCUGGAAGAGUGUGAGGAGGUCUGCCUUGGGAAGGCCAAAGGUCCUCGUCCCAUGAAGACACCACGGUGAUUGUGGCCAAUUCUUCCUCAGCCAUGGGAAUGUUUGCCUUUACAGUAUCUACCUUUUAUAGAUAAUUAUUUUGUCAAAUGUCAGUGGUUAAGUUUUAUUCUUGUUUGUUGUUGUCUUGUUCUGUUUUUUCCCAGACCAUCCUGAGUUUCUCAGUUUAACUUCUAUAUAUUAUAUAAAUAUGUAGUAUUGAGGUACUUAAGUGCUUUAUCUGCUUCAUAUUGCACAAAGAUUAUAAGGCUAAUGUCUGCAUACAGAUGUGGAGAGGACAACUGCAACAUCGAUAGAAGCUUCAACAAUCUAAGCUGUUUCUACCCCUGUGCUGCUUCUUCUAGUAUUUAGUAGAAGACUCUGCAGCUAUUCCUGUGGAGAAAAAAAAACGCAGCAGUACAAAUGAGAGCUACAGUAAAGAACAAAAAACUGCACCAGAACUGACAGUGCUUACAGUGCUAAAUGUAUUCUUCAGAAUUCUACAAAGUGAGAGAAUUAUAGAAUAUAGAAGAUAUGAAUCAUAAAACAAUUUAUACAACUAACUUCAGCCCAUGGCAACAGAGUUUUAGGUUCUAUGAUUGGCUGGUUUCUUGCUGCAGUUCUUACUUUGAGAGUUGAAAUUAACUUCUCUCCCAAAGUUUUAUGUACACAGGCUUCUAUAUUUUGACUUUUCAUGAAAUAAGACGAUUUUUUUUAACACAAAUUAAUUAAUCCAAUUAGAUGAUUCCCAUGCCUUGAGAGUGCUCAAACUACAAGUCACAUUAUGUUAUCUAUGCAGAAACUUUUACCUCCAGAACCUCAGAUGUCUGAAAUAACUUCUCUCACCUCUCCACCCAGUUAUAACUAUGAAAGCACAAAUACACAAUAUUCUUCCAGUGCUUGUGCAUAAUUAUGUUUUUAUUAUUUGGGGGAAGUUGUGUAUCUGAUCAUGACUGCAUGUUUACCUGCCACAGAAAAGGUGCUAUUUUUAAAGGUAUAUUUAUAUUGUUUAAAGAUAAGAGCUUAUGUUUUUGUGUGGUACAAAACAUUUUAUUUUUGUGGUAUCAUGGAAUAUUUUAAUAAGCAUUUCUGAUAAACCAAAUGUUUGAGUAAAAUAAAGUUGUUGUAUUCUCUCAUUUCA